AUGGGUCUCUCGCUUUCCAGGAUCUACUCGUCGCUCUCGACCCUCGCGUUCUGGGGCAAGGACAAGGAGGUCCGGAUCCUCAUGGUCGGACUCGACUCGGCAGGAAAGACUACCAUCUUGUACCGACUGCAAAUUGGAGAGGUCGUCUCGACCAUCCCAACUAUCGGUUUCAACGUUGAGACGGUGCAGUACAAAAACAUCAACUUCCAAGUGUGGGAUCUCGGUGGACAAUCUAGCAUCCGCCCAUACUGGCGAUGUUAUUACGCGAACACGCAGGCGAUCAUCUACGUGAUCGACUCGGCGGACGUUGCGCGCCUGCCCACCUCGCGCUCCGAGCUUCUGACCAUGUUGUCCGAGGAUGAGCUCAAGAACGUUCCUGUGCUGGUGUUUGCCAACAAGCAGGACGUGGCUGGCGCUCUGUCUCCAGCUGAGAUCUCGGACAAGCUGGGCCUUGCGGGCCAGGAGAAGGGACGCGAGUGGAGUGUCCGUGGAAGCUGCGCGACCAAGGGCGAUGGACUGGAGGAAGGAUUGGACUGGCUGGUCAACACAAUACAGAAGUAA